GUACAUAGUUAUGAAAUGGACGCUUUGUUUCCUUAUCGGGCUCCUCGUGAGUUUGGUUGGGGUCGCCAACAACCUCGCCGUUGAGAACAUUGCUGGCAUGAAGUUCGUUGUCACGUCCAAUAUGAUGUUGGCCACAAAAGGCUGCUGGUUCGGGUAUACCAGAAGUGAAGGCGUACUUAAAUGGCGUGGACGCGCCAGGGAUAUUUUCUCUACGGACUCUGGUCGUUAAGGGCUUUGUUUGCACCGCAGAGGAAGACUUUUGGUCUCAGUCUUGUAACUCUUGUUCUACUCAGGAGGCUUAUGUCAUAAGGAAUACCUAACUUGACGGAAGGGGAAGAGCAGGAAUGGGGAACUUAAAGUAAGGGAACUGCAUCGUCUUAUUGGCUAAAUCUGCAGAUAGGAUAGGAUUUCAAAGGUGAGCACAGCUUGAAAUUUUGGCUUGCUCGUAGGGAAACCACAAAAUCAUAAAUUUGCUGUAGGUCUGUAACAGUAGAAUAUUGAGGGGAAACUUUCAGGGGAUCUCAGUGUGGUACUUUGGCUUUGGGAAUGGGAAGCUUAAGGAGAGUAUGCAAUCCAUAAUUAUGAUUUGAAGUUUGCUAGUAAUGAAUAGGUCCAUACAUCUUAACAAUUCUCCGGUACAAUUUGGUACUUGCACUGAGUGUAGCAAAUACGGUGCUCAGAUUAGGUCAGAACAUAAGUACACCACCUUAAAUAGCAACAAUCUCGAAGCUACCUGGCUGACAUGCAUUCGAGCACUUGUCUGGUGCCCUGUUUCAGAGGAUUGCGAUCCAUUCCAGAAGAUCUUGCUUCAGCUCACCUGAGGCUGUGCCUGAUCAGCUAACCCUGCACGUGACACGUGCUCUAGCCUGUAUGGGCCAGAAACAAGAAUCCAUUUUUCUAGUUUGUGACUCUGAAUCCUCCUCCUACUUUGAUGCUCUGGCCCUUUGGAAGCUCCGUAUUGAGAUCCUUGAGAUGGAUUCAUUGUACCAUGUGUAACAAACGAAGAGGUACGUCAUCCCGGAGCAACAAUAAUGAUUGCAUUGAAGACAUGCAAUUAUCAACCUACAGAGGUAGAGUUAGAUCAGCUCCCUAUCACUUUGAGACUCGAGAGGGACCUCUCUUUCUGCAGGACACGCUAACUGACCUAAGUCAUGAAAUAGCAGAGAUUGUUGGUAGCAUUUGUGCAGUAUCAUCAUCACUUCAUACCGGCAAGGCAGGGCCCAUGGUGCACACUGGUGCAUGUGUGGCAGCAUUAAUGGGUCAGGGUGGGUCAAAGAAAUAUGGGUUGACAUGGAGAUGGCUACGAUAUUUCAAGAAUGACCGUGACCGCCGAGAUCUUGUGACAUGUGGAUCAGCUGCUGGAAUAGCUGCUGCUUUUCGUGCCCCAGUUGGUGGUGUGUUGUUUGCUCUUGAGGAAAUGGCAUCAUGGUGGAGAAGUGCCCUUUUAUGGAGAGCUUUUUUCACAACAGCAGUUGUUGCCAUUGUGCUUCGGGCUUUCAUUGACUUCUGCUAUUCUGGAAAAUGUGGGCUAUUCGGAACUGGUGGUUUGAUAAUGUAUGAUGUCACUUCAGUAAAUCUUCCGUAUCACAUUGGGGAUGUGCCUCCUGUUCUUCUUCUUGGAGUGAUAGGGGGCAUAUUGGGAAGUUUUUACAAUUUUCUUUUAGACAAGGUUCUGCGGAUUUACAAUCUAGUUUAUAAGAAAGGCACAAUUUACAAGAUACUCAUUGCGUGUUCAAUCUCCAUUUUCACAUCAUGUCUUCUAUUUGGAUUGCCGUGGCUCACAUCUUGCCAGGCUUGCCCAACUGAUGCACCAGAACCUUGCCCGACAAUUGGUCGUUCUGGCAACUACAAGAAGUUCCAGUGCCCGGCUGGUCAUUACAAUGAUCUAGCCAGCCUCAUUUUCAACACAAACGACGAUGCAAUCAGAAACCUAUUCAGCAAGAACACCGACUCUGAGUUCCACAUGUCAUCUAUUCUGAUAUUCUUCGUCACAUGUUUUUUCCUCAGUAUAUUUAGCUACGGGAUUGCGGUUCCUUCUGGUCUCUUUGUACCUGUUAUCCUGACCGGUGCAUCUUAUGGUCGUUUUAUCGGAAUGCUAUUUGGUUCGCGUUCGAAUCUCAACCACGGCCUUUUUGCUGUGUUGGGUUCUGCUUCACUUCUUGGUGGGUCCAUGAGGAUGACAGUUUCUUUGUGUGUUAUUAUUCUAGAGUUGACCAAUAACCUGUUACUCCUGCCCCUAAUCAUGGUGGUUCUUCUUAUUUCAAAAACAGUAGCUGAUGCAUUCAACGGCAAUAUUUACGAUCUUAUAAUGAGAUUGAAGGGUUUUCCUUACCUAGAAACUCAUGUGGAGCCAUACAUGAGACAAUUAACAGUCAAUGAUGUGGUCACAGGACCACUUCAGCUAUUUCAUGGCAUUGAGAAGGUUAGUAACAUAGUACAUGUUCUCAGAACAACAAGGCAUAAUGGGUUUCCCGUUGUAGAUGAGCCUCCACUUUCUGAAACCCCAAUUUUGUUCGGUUUAAUCCUCCGGGCCCAUCUAAUCACUUUGCUGAAGAAGAAAGCUUUCGUGCCAAAUCCAAUGACAACUGGCGUUGAAUCGUUUGAUCAGUUCACGGCAGGGGAUUUUGAAAAGAAGGGUUGUUUGGGAAAUAGUGAUAAAAUAGAAGAUGUUGAUUUGAGCGAAGAAGAGAUGGAGAUGUUUGUUGAUUUGCAUCCUUUUACAAAUGCGUCUCCGUAUACUGUGGUGGACACAAUGUCACUGGCAAAGGCCCUUAUACUUUUCCGAGACGUUGGGUUAAGGCACCUGCUGGUUAUACCUAAAAUUUCAAAUAGAUCACCGGUGGUGGGUAUAUUGACAAGACACGACUUCAUGCCAGAACACAUCUUGGGUAUGCAUCCUUCAUUGGUGAAGAGCAAGUGGAAAAAAUUAAGAAUUCGGUUUCCUCAACUAAGCUUCAGAAUUACCUCCCAAAUAAGUUUGUGAAUACCUCUUAUUUUAACGAAUCAAAACAAGAUUAGUACGUAUUUUUCUUCAAUUUCUUCAUAAAUCCAGAGCAAUAAAUGAUUUUUUGGGCCAAGUA